AAAUUUUCAUAAAUCAAUAAUCAUGCAGUGUAAAUAUCUCCUAAAAACUGUUCAUUGUUUAUUGUUAUGUGGAUAAACAAUAUUUAACUGAAUUAUAAGUAGUGAGUAAACAGUUUUAUUAGUGUUAUAAAUAUUAAUUGUGUUAUUACCUUCAGUCUCAAUAAACUAAAGGUGUUAAGUGUUGAAUGAAGACAUGGAUAAGUUUGUGGAUGAGUGGCUUAUUAUCCAGACGCUAGGUGAGGGAGCUUAUGGAGAGGUCAAACUUCUUGUGCACCAGGUAUCUGGGGAAGCUGUUGCAAUGAAAGUUGUAGAUCUGAGGAAAUGCAAGGAUGCUAAAGAAUGUGUGACCAAAGAGGAGAAAAUCCAUAAACUCAUGAUGCAUCCAAAUAUAAUACGAAUAUUGGGAAAGAGAGAAGAGCCCAAUACUAUUUAUAUAUUCUUGGAGUAUGCAUCUGGUGGAGAACUGUUCAAUAAGAUAGAACCUGAUAUUGGCAUGUAUGCAGGAGAUGCACAAAAAUACAUGAAGCAACUUUUAAAUGGUAUGGAAUAUUUGCAUUCUAAAGGGAUUACUCACAGGGAUAUAAAACCAGAAAAUUUGUUGCUUGAUGAGCAUGGUAAUUUGAAGAUCAGUGAUUUUGGCAUGGCCACAAUAUUCAGAUUGAGAGGAAAGCAAAGACUUUUGGACAAAAAAUGUGGAACUCUGUCCUAUGUAGCGCCGGAAGUAUUAAAACAGCCGUAUUAUGCAGAGCCAGCUGAUCUGUGGUCUUGUGGUAUAGUUUUUGUUGCCAUGCUGGCUGGAGAAUUGCCAUGGGAUGAACCCACACAGGAAUGCAGGGAGUAUAGCCAAUGGAUGAAAGAUACGUGCAUCACCCAGACACCUUGGAGUAAACUCACAAAUGUGGCUUUCAGCCUGGCCAGGAAAAUGCUGACCCAUGAACCUAAAGCACGACCUACGCUUUCGCAAAUAUUACAGCAUCCUUGGAUGAACAUCAAAUUUCCAGAUUCAGCUUCUUGUGAUAUUGAUGAACCUGAUAAUGCAUGUGAACCUAACGCUAAACGGCAAGCGUCCAUUGCAGACUAUGAAGGAUCGCACGAGACGCCGACGGUUACGUCGUCUCAACCUGCCCCAAGAAUUGCCAAUAACAUUGCUCCGGAGAGAUUGGCCAUUCUUAUGCAGAAUCGUGAACAGGUGUGCUUCUCGCAGCCAACGAGCAACGAUGAUCUCAUAGUCAAUUCCCAGUUGCAUUUCACACAGAGUCCAUUGACGCAGAACAACUUCCAGAAGCUCAUUAAGAGGAUGACCAGAUUCUUCGUUAAGACAUCAUGUGAGAAAACCACAAUGCAAUUGUGCAAAGUCCUUGAUCAGCUUUGUUACAAUUGGAAUUCAGAUCCUUCUGGCGUGAUAACUAUAUCGCUGAUGGAUGCCAAACGGAUGCAGCUCGUCUUCAAAGCAAACAUCUUAGAGAUGGAUGGCAAAAUGUUAGUGGAUUUCCGCUUAUCGAAAGGUUGCGGUUUGGAGUUUAAACGAAACUUCAUGAAAAUCAAAAAGUCUCUACAAGAUAUUAUAUGUUAAUUAACAAAAACAGUAUUCUUUUUAUUAUUCGAAUCUACUAUUUUUAUAUAUAAUGU